GCCGAUUUACAUGCAUGACUCUAUAUAAACGAGAGCAGAUGUAGACACAAUGUUCACGUUUCAUUUUCUUCUACUGAGUUUUUAGUCGUUCUUGACAUCUAAUAUCAUGAUGGAGAGCCCAAUUAGCAUUAAUCCUGCCCAGCCAAGCAGCUGCCACGGAAUCUUGCGCUUCAAAAUCAUUCACAAAAGAGCGGCUCCGCCGCCGCUGGCGUCAGAAGGUUCCUCUAGUACCACCACCACCUUCAUGUACGACGAAAAUGCUACCGCAGAAUUCAAUCCUCGCCACGUUCUCGUUUCCACCGAAAAUGUGAUAGUCUUCUUCUCCGAUGUGCUUUCGGAUCGCUUUGGAUUAGACCCGAACGUCGAUCACCUGCAGCGAUUUAUUCGCCGGUUGGCUGAGAGAGUCAUGAGUAGAGAUGAAGCUCGGCACGUCCAAAUAUGGGGUGGUACCAUCUCAGUCGAAUAUGUAAUGAUUCACCCUCACGACGACGACAACGACGACGAUGAUAGUGUCGAGGAGGAGGACGAGGAUGAGGAUGGUCCCGUAGGAUUGUCGGAAGAUGAUAUUCGCAAGCUGAAGUCCGAAACGUGGGAAGGCGGCGCUGACGCCGAGAAGGCAUGUGCGGUGUGUUUGUCGGAAUACGAGGAAGGUGAAGCGAUAAUCCGUCUGGUUCAGACAUGUUCACAUUCAUUCCACAAAGACUGCAUUGUGGCGUGGCUGAGGCAGAAUGGGACGUGCCCUAUAUGCCGCAGUCGGGCCGUCUACGACGUAGAUGAGAGUGCUUCUGUUGAUGCUGCCACCCGGACGUCGCCUGGAUUUGAUAUCAUGUCUUUGAUGCCCCAUAAUUUAUGUGGUCGUCCGCCUCUUAAUUAGAUCGUUAAGUUAGAUUUGAUUGUCCGGCCUAGAUUUCACUCUUGGCAGAAGCAAGCAUUAUAGAAUCUUGAUGUUUCUUUUUCCAAUCCUCAACUCAAAUCUUUUUCAUUAUAUUUUGAGUUGAAUCAAAAUGAAAUGAAAUUG